GAGUCUAAAAAUGCUGUGAGCGCCAUCCACCCCGCACCUGCACAAACACACCCACACACACUCAGUCCACUCCACCUUGCACACCAUCUACACACGCAACCCCUGAUCUGGCCGGAUGAGUUACCACCCGGUGGACACGAUAGGGAGUCCAUUCAGGAGAAGCAUGGAAAGUAGAACCAGCUACGGUCGUUCUACUGGCACCCCCUCCAGCGGGUUCCGUUCUCAGUCCUGGUCUCGGUCAAGCCCCGGCUCCACGAUGACCACUAGGAGCGUCAAUAUUCCGGUAGCCAGAGCUUACAGCUCCACUCUCCUCAGCUCCGCCGACAGCGUUGAUUUCCGUCAAACAAACGGAGACUACAAGCGCUCCAACGAGAAGGAGCAGCUUCAGGGGCUCAACGACCGUUUCGCUGGCUACAUCGAUAAGGUGCACUAUUUGGAGCAGCAGAAUAGCCAGAUCGAGGAGGAGAUCCAAGCGCUGCGGCAGAAGCAGGUUUCUCAGUCCCAGCUGGGCGACUUAUACGACCAGGAGCUCCAGGAGCUGCGUUCGAUGCUGGAGCAGAUACACCACGAUAAGGCACAGAUCCAGCUCGACACGGACCACAUCGAGGAGGACAUCCAGAGAAUUAGGGACCGCUUUGACGAGGAAUCACGCAUUCGGGAUGAGACGGAAGGCAUUAUCCGGGCACUGAAAAAAGAUAUGAACGAUUCAGCAUUGGUGAAGUCUGAGUUGGAAAAGAAAGUUCAGUCACUGCAGGACGAGAUAGCCUUUAUCCGUAACAACCAUGAAGAAGAGGUGAGCGACCUUUUCGCCCAGGUGCAAGCGUCUCAGGUGACCAUGGAGAGGAAAGAUUUCCAGAAGACGGACAUCACCGAGGCGCUCAGGGAGAUUCGCACCCAACUUGAGGGCUACUCCAACCAGAACCUGCAGCAAGUGGAGGACUGGUUCAUGUGCCGCUAUUCCAAGCUAACUGAUGCUGCGGAACAAAACAAGGAUGCAAUCAAGUCCGCCCGUGAUGAGAUCGCCGACUAUCGCCGCCAGCUCCAGUCCAAAACUGUUGAGUUAGAGGCCGUCCGUGGAACCAGGGAGUCACUGGAGAGGCAGCUGAAUGACAUUGAGGACAGACACAACAGCGACCUAUCCAGCCUGCAGGAGACCAUCCAUCAGCUGGACAAUGAGCUCAAGGGAACAAAGUGGGAGAUGGCACGUCAUCUACGUGAGUACCAGGACCUGCUCAAUGUCAAGAUGGCCCUCGACAUUGAGAUUGCUGCAUACAGGAAGCUUCUAGAAGGUGAAGAGACCCACUUCAGCACUUUCCCUUACCGCCACACUGUCACCUCCUCUAAGAAAUCCAAGUCUGAGCCUCCCAAACUGAAGGUCCAGCACAAGUUUGUAGAGGAGAUCAUUGAGGAGACCAGGGUGGAGGAUGAGAAAUCUGAGAUGGACCAGGCAUUAGAAGAUAUGGCCCAGGAAUUGUCUGACGCUCUGGAGGCUGAGGCAGGAGAUGACGGGGAGGAGGAAGGAGAGGAUGAAGGAGAAAAGGAAGGAGAGGGAGAAGAGGGGGAGGCUGAUUCAGAAGAGGUUGUAGCAUCCACUGAAGCUCAGGUGAGCUCUAGCGCCCCUGUUGAGGAGGAGGAAGAGGAGGAGGAGGACAAAGAGGGUGCUGAUAAAGAGGAACAGGGAGAAGAGGGUGCUGAGGAGAAAGAGAAUGAAGAUGGUGAAGAAGGAGAAGAGGAUAAGGGUGAAAAGGAGGUAGAUGCAGAAGUUGGUGAUGAAGGAGAAGGAGAUGUAGAAGAUGAGGUGGUAGAGGAGACAGUCCUGUGCUCUAAAGCCCCAGAAUCUAAGGCCUCACCAGACAAAGAGAAAGCUGGAGAGAAGGAGGAAAGUGGAAAAGACGAAACUGCAGAGGGAGAGGAAAAAGAGGAGGGUGAUGGUAAAGAGGAAGAUGCAGGUAGCAUCAAGGAAUCCAAAGAUGAAGAUGACGAGGAUGAGAAAGAAAAGAAAACAGAUGACCAGGCAGCUGUAGACAAAACAGAGUCUCCUAAAACAGAAGCAAUGGAAAUUGAUGUGCCAAAAGAUGAGGACCAGAAGCUAGAGGUCCCAAAAGCCUCCAAGCCAGACUCACUAAAAGCUGAAUCCCCAAAGUCUGAAUCCCCCAAGACUGGGUCACCAAAAGCUGCAUCCCCCAAACAAGAAUCCCUGAAAUCUGCUGGAUCCCCCAAAACUGAAUCCCCCAAACCAGCAGGAUCCCCCAAAUCUGAAUCACCUAAACCUGCAGAGUCUCCCAAAUCUGAAUCACCCAAACCUGCAGAGUCCCCCAAAUCUGAAUCACCUAAACCUGCCGGAUCCCCCAAAUCUGAAUCACCCAAACCUGCAGAGUCCCCCAAAUCUGAAUCCCCUAAACCUGCUGGAUCCCCCAAAUCUGAAUCCCCCAAACCUGCAGAGUCCCCCAAAUCUGAAUCACCUAAACCUGCUGGAUCCCCCAAAUCUGAAUCUCCUAAACCUGCAGGAUCCCCCAAAUCUGAAUCACCUAAACCUGCCGGAUCUCCCAAAUCUGAAUCCCCUAAACCUGCCGGAUCUCCCAAAUCUGAAUCCCCUAAACCUGCAGGAUCCCCCAAAUCUGAAUCCCCUAAACCUGCCGGAUCUCCCAAAUUUGAAUCCCCUAAACCUGCUGGAUCUCCCAAAUCUGAAUCACCUAAAACUGUAGGAUCCCCAAAAUCUGAAUCACCCAAACCUGCAGGGUCCCCCAAAUCUGAAUCACCCAAACCAGCAGGAUCCCCCAAAUCUGAUUCACCCAAAUUAGGAUCCCCCAAGGCAGAAUCCCCUAAGACUGAGUCCCCAAAACCAGAGGCCCUCAAGGCUACCGAGGAGAAAGUAGACAUAAAAAGCUAUUCAGAGGAAGAGAAGGCAGUAGAAAAGAAAGACGCUGCUAUGAACGGAGAUGUGGAGAAGAGUUCCUCAGAUGACAAAAAGGACGAAGCGAAGGAGGAGAAGGACAUAAUCUCAAAUGGUGUAGAUGAGAGUCCCACCAAAGAUGACCCAAACCAGAAAGAUGACCCCAAUCAGACGGUGGUCAUCACCAAAACGGUGGAGACCAUCACCACUGAUGAGGCCGGAGCCAAGCAUGUCACCAAAUCAGUCACUGUCACCGAAACUGUGAAGGAGUCUGAGGACCUGCUGCAGGAGAAGAUCGUCUCCAGCAAGAAAGUGGAGAAACACACAGUGAAAGUAGUGGCCCAAACCGAGUGACCACGCUCCAACCAACCAACCCACCCCAAGAGAAGGAGGACACAAUCACAAGCAGUCAACCCAGAACUAAUAUAACGAAGACAUCAUCCAGCUAGAGCGAUGUAAUUAAGAUAUCCACCCUAAAAAAAGCUAAGUGAGAAGCCAUAUGAUGCGACAAAGCUACAAUUUCAAUAAUGCAUGUUGAGUGAAAGCUUUAAAUAGGCUUUGCUGCAGAUGUGUCAUGCGGUCAGGAAAACUGGGGAGUGGGACUAAGUAUGACUUUUGUUUCUUUGUGCAGUUGACAGGAGUGCUCAUGGUGAGGGGGUCUGCAUGCUAGCUCAGGGAGGGAGUCCCCCCUCUCUAACCUGUAUGGAUGGAUAGGAGAGUGAUAGAAAUGUAUCUUCAUUCAAAUUCGUUUUUUUUGUUAGAAAAAGGGGGGCCUGGGUGGGAGGGUCCACUUUAGAGACACAUUUUCAAACAACUAGCCUUACUUAUUAUGUGAAGAUACCAACUGAGCCAAAAAUACAACCGACCACAACACCAUACAGUGAAGAAAGAAAGACAAUGAACUCCUGAUCAUAAACAUACAUACCCAAAGCAAUUAAAGCAUAAAUAACCUUUCACAAACUUCCUCGCCUUAAACAUGCUUUUUAUCAGUGUCUGUUAUGUUUACCUAAUGAGUGCAAUUGAAAGUUAAUCUGUAGAUGCGCACACAAACAUAGUUGUAUGCAUAGGAUGGACUUGAAUUUAAAUACUGAACAUAAAUGAGGUGCUACAGUUUGCAAUCCUGAGUCUUUAUUGAUCAUGAACAGUUUCCCAGCAGCAUUUGCUCAAUAAAUGUCAUACUGAAAUACAAA